GGAGUUCUUCCCCUUCUUUUCCCGGUCGAUACCUCUGAGCUCCGCUUCUUCCCUUCACCGUCGUCUUCUCCAGCCUCGGCCUCGACUCGAAAAAAAAUGACUCUCGUUCGCCAUUUUGCUCGACAUGCCGGAGCCGUCGUCUGCGACGCCGCUGGCCACAUCCUCCACGACGACCACGACCACGACCAUGACCACGACCACGACCAUGACCAUGACCACGGCCAUGGUGUGAAUGACCUCAUGGGCUUGCGCAUCGCCGCUGUCUUCAUCAUUCUUGUCGGUUCGACUAUCGGUGCCCUCUUCCCCAUCCUCGCCCGUCGCACCAGGUGGCUCCGAGUACCCAAAAGCGUGUUCGACUUCGCAAAGUACUUUGGCUCGGGUAUCAUCAUCGCCACCGCCUUCAUCCAUCUCCUUGCACCAGCACUUGGGAGCCUGGGAUCCAAUUGCCUAUCGGAAGGAUGGCAUGUCUAUCCGUACGCCCUGGCGAUCUGCAUGCUCAGCAUUUUCUGCCUCUUCGUCACUGAGCUCAUUGCCUUCCGAUGGGGCACCGCCAAACUAGCACGCCUUGGCAAGGCACAUGACACCCAUGGACACGGCGUUGGAGCACACUCUGCUCACGGACCUGAGCCUGUCGUUGAAGAAAAGCCCGAGCUCAAGAAAGAGGGCAGCACCAGCGACCUUGAAACGGCAGACUCCCAUGGCAUCAAGGCCGACCAGAGCCCUCUUGCCCAAAUCAUCGGUGUUGGCAUCCUCGAGUUUGGUGUUGUCUUGCAUAGUGUCUUGAUUGGUCUCACUCUUGCCGUCGCGGAAGAGUUCAAAAUCUUGUUCAUUGUCAUCCUAUUCCACCAAACAUUCGAGGGUCUCGGUAUCGGCGCCCGCCUCGCCUACAUGGAAUUGGGACAAAAAUACCGAUGGGUUCCCUAUGCCGGCGCUAUCUUGUAUGGGUUCACCACCCCUAUUGGUAUUGCUGCUGGUUUGGGUGCUCGGGCCACCUAUGAUCCCACAAGCGUGACUUCCAUUAUCGUUAACGGCGUCAUGUACUCUGUUAGCGCGGGUAUUCUGCUUUACACCGGCUUGGUAGAACUUCUGGCACACGACUUCUUGUUCAGCAAGGAGAUGAUGACAGCAUCGAACACCAAACUCGCUUCUGCGCUCGGUGCGAUGGCCUUGGGUGCUGGUCUCAUGGCUCUUCUUGGCAGAUGGGCUUGA